AUGUCGAAUUUCUGGUGGCCCAAGGCUCGUUCUGAUAUUAAACGCAUUGUUAAGUCUUGUGAGGCCUGCCGGUUUACCAGAUUUCCUAGAGUCGAUAAGUCGAGGGAAAGGAUUGUGGAGGACUGGAGGAAGCUUUGGCAAGAGCGUACGCCGCAGCGGGCUAACGAACCGAACGAGUUCGAUGUGGGAGAUAAGGUUUUGGUAUGGACGCAACCGAGCCACAGAUUCGACCGUAUAUGGCAGGAAGGUGAGAUUAUACGCAGGGUCGGUUCCCGUUGUUAUGAAGUCAAGUCUAAUGGUAACCGUUCCCAGCUCUACAGUGCUGAUCACCUGAACGCCUUUCUUCCUAAUGGACUUUAUAAUGACGACGAAAACCCCAAGAUCACUGACGAUGAGCUUUCUGUAGAGCCUACUCUGUCUACACGUUCACUGAGGCACACUAAAUUUAUAUUGUGGAAAGAUCCACAAGAUUCUAAGAGUCAUUACGGUAAGAUUGAGCGUUGGACAGGUAGCGGUCAGUAUAUGGUCCACGAGUAUCGUCUACUGGAUGAACGACUUCUACCACUAUGGAUUGGUCCCGAUGGUAAGCUAUCAACUAUCGGUAAUGUCGCAGCCUUUGUGAGAUUGUCCCCGAGGGAUGUCAAGAAGAUCAAAGUGGAUGAGGUCACAAACACCCUACUAGAAGAGAGCUUAGAUGAGGUGGCUCCUUAA